GGCAGGUCGUUGAGCCGCACACACACGGCGGCUCCCGGCAGCAAACUGGAUAUUUAGAGUCUUGAAGGGGCACUUCAUCCCGGUUUGAGGAAGAGAGAGAGAGAAACCGGAUCACAUGAACAAGUGACCUCAGAAGCUGCGCAUUAUCUUUCUCUUAAAAGCCUGGAGGGAGUUAAGGAGGAGGAGGAGGAGAAGAAGAGAGGAGGAAGGGUAAGGACUGAAAGAAUUCAACUCAAGAUUCAGCUGCACUUUGUUGAGAACUACCAGCAAAACUAUUACUACCAGUACUACUAUUACUACUAUUACUACUACUACUACUAUUACCACUACUAUUACAAUUAUUAUUGCAACUCCACCGCUCGAUAAAUACUCUUGGUAUUUUCUACUAAAAAAGUAGAUGAAGGGACAAAGAGACACCUGACUGCUGCUGUGGAAUGGCUGCAGGAGCGUUAAAUGGCGCACGUUACACUGCUGUUUGGGUUCAGCCAUGAAACAACAGCAGCCCCCAAGCGAAGGGCUAACUUGUCACAGGCGCUACAGCAUCAAAUGACUCUGUCCUGACUCACGUAGGAGUCAGGGGCUGCAGGCCACAGCAUGGGCAACUCCUCCAGGAAGGAGGAAGGAGACGAAGAAGACGAGGGGGGGAAGGAUGGCGAGGAGGAGGAGACGGAGGAGGAGAAGAAGAAACCAGAGGAGGAAGUGGAGGAAGAGCUCCCAAUGGGCGUGGAGGAGCUGCUGGAGAGCGGAGAUCCUGUGUUGGACUUGAGUUACCGCAAAUUCAAGCGCCUGCCGACGCGCGUGUGCGGGCUGAUGCACCUGGAGAAGCUGUACGUCUGCGGGAACAGCAUCCGCACCGUGCCCGACAGCAUCUCCCAGCUCCACGGCCUGCGGACGCUCGCCCUCGACUUCAACAAGCUGGAAGACGUCCCGCUAGCCGUCUGCGAGCUCACCCAACUCACCCGCCUGUACCUGGGCAGCAACCGGCUGAUGAGCCUCCCGCCUGAAAUCUCCAAUCUGAAGAAUCUGCGCUGCCUGUGGAUCGAGAGCAACUACUUCCAUAGAUUCCCAAAGGAGCUGUACGACCUGCCCCACCUCAAGUCCCUGCAGAUAGGAGACAACAGGCUGAAGACGCUGCCUCCCGACCUGGUGCGUAUGGAGGCUCUGCGGGGGCUAUGGCUCUACACAAACCGCUUCGAGACCUUCCCCAGCGUUCUGCUGCGCAUGAAGGGCUUGGAGAUCCUGGAUCUGGACCGCAACAAGAUAUCAGAGCUCCCCAGCCUGAGGCGCCUCCGGGCCCUGCGCCUGUUCUCCUACGACCACAACCCGAUCAAGGAGCCGCCCGAAGUUCGCGAUGAAGUGCUGAUCGUCGGGGAGGGGGCUGCAGAGUUCCUGGAGAUACGCGAGGCCCGGAAAGAGCGACUGCGCAAGGCUGCAGAGCAGGAGGCAGAGGAGCUGGCUCUGGCGGGAGAGGAGCCGGUGAUUCACGGAAUUCUGAAGAACAGCAGCUCGAAACAGGCCACAGAAGAGGAGGUGGACGGUAAGGACGAAGGGACCCUGGCGACGGAGGGGGAGGAGGUGGAGGAAGAGGGGGACGUGGAGCCGCUAGUCACCGAGUACGACGGUGCCGAGCUGGAGUACGAUGAAGAGCCUGUCGAAUAUGAGACGGAGGAGAUGAUAUACGAAGGAGAGGGGUUUGAGUACGAGGGUGAGGAGCUGGAGUACGAGAGGGCUCAGAUGGACUAUGAGUACGAGGACCAGCAGGAGCUGUGCGAUUUAGGGAGGCAGGAUGAGGGAGCAUGAGGGGCCGGCGGGUGGAGGUGGGUGCGGGUGGGCCUUUCUCAGCUAUGCUGCUAAUUUCUAAUGUGUUGUAACUGUGAAAAUGAAGCCGGGCAUUAAGACUGUGAUCCCAUCUCAACCGGCUGCAAGGUCCAAAUCGGAGCAGGACUCGGGUGGACUGUGUGCGUGCAGGGGCUGCAUUCUAUUUACAGUGUAUUUGUUUUGAGUGUACACAUGAGCCCAAGUCUUCCAUCAGUAAAUACUGUCUGUGAUGAUGAGGUCCGAGUCGGUCAUUUAUGGAAACACGCUUCUUGCGGAG